AUCUUACGAGGCUCGAGCUGCGCGCGGCGACCAAGUAGAUAAAAGACUACUCGACGAUUGAGGUGCAUUGAUUUAACUGUAAGUAUGGAAUGGGAUAUUUAGCGCAACCGCAAGAAAGAUAAAAUGGGGGCAGCACUUCAAGGUCUAUGGCCGGUCAGUCAAACAACCAGCACAAAAUCAGGGGACGAGCCGGUCGAACAACUACUACAAUGGAGCGCUUCGAAAUCAUAUGCCCGGCUCCUCGACGAAGUGAAAGUUCUCGCACCCUUGUUUCUGCAUGUUUCUUGUAUCUUGCUCAUCUUGCGUUGCGCAGGAGGAGAUCUUCGCGUGCAGGGAUGGCGUCGUCGAAAUUGUGUAUUAAGUUGGACAUAAGGUUUACGUAUCUAUUGGUAUUUUGAUUUUCUGGAUUCGUGUAUGGACUUGAGGCAUGGGUCUGUUUCUGGAUCUGGUCCGCUUGCUCUCCAGGGUGAUGUCUGCUGUAAUGAGAGAGGAAAGUCCGCGAAUCAGCCGGGCUCGGUGCGCAAUGGCAGUUUUCCUUCUUGUUUAACCGCUAUUGUCCUGUGUAAAAGCUGAUUUGGUGGUGCUGAAGAACUACCUUCGCUCGAGCCUACAACGCCGUUUGCUGUACUCCUGGAAAAUAAACCGCAGCUUUUUUCAAGU